AUGGACUCCCCAGUCCUCAGUCAGCUGUUCCGGCAACUGUUCCGGCAUCCUGCCUGUCAGUCACUUCGGUCCUCAUCUGCCCUCGCAGGCCGCAGGCCGCAGUGCAUUCGAUUAUCCACACCACGUCAACAAUGCCGUCCCUUUCUCACGCGACGUUCGGCAGCCAGGCGGAAGAAUGUCGACGAUGGCAUGAAUUGGAAUAAACGGGGCGACUACCCGAAAGAUAUUGAAGAGGAGUUGAAGGAAUUCCCGCUUGUUACAGCCAAAGACCUGCGUCAUCGGCGGGAGCGGCCGCGACAGGUGAAGAUGUUGACUAGAGAAUUCAUUGACGACAGUCUAUAUAAUCCCCACUAUGGUUACUUCUCAAAGCAUGCGACUAUUUUCAGUCCCGGUGAACCAUUCGAUUUCAAUAGUAUCGAGGACGGGCCAGCGUUCCAUCGGAUGUUAGGGGACCGGUAUACAGAAUUUGAGGACCGCUUAGAUGAGACACAACCGGAUAUAGCUCGUCAGCUGUGGCACACACCCACGGAACUUUUCCGGCCCUACUACGGAGAGACGGUCGCCCGGUACCUGGUAUCGAACUACAAACUGACACUGUACCCCUACCACGAUCUGAUAAUAUAUGAGAUGGGCGCCGGAAACGGAACCAUGAUGAUCAACAUACUGGAUUUCAUCCGCGACACAGAUUACGAAGUCUACCAGCGCACCAAGUUCAAGAUCAUCGAGAUCUCGUCCAACCUUGCGGGACUCCAAAUGAAGAACCUGAUGGAUUCGAUCAACGCCGCAGGCCAUCUGGAUCACGUCGAGAUCAUCAACAAGUCCAUCUUCGACUGGGAUACAUACGUGCACUCCCCAUGCUUCUUCCUUGCCCUCGAGGUCAUCGACAACUUCUCCCACGAUGCGAUCCGCUACGACACCGCGACGGAACUCCCCCAGCAGGGUGGAGUGCUCAUCGAUGCGGAUGGCGAAUUUCAUGAAUACUACAAUGCACAGUUGGACCCCGUAGCCUCGCGGUUUCUCCGGGUGAGACAAGCCGCUGCACGCCGCGAAUUCCCUAGUCCGUUGGGCCCCAGGCUCACUCGCGGUCUGCGCAAGUCCGUGCCCUUCCAGCGUUCUUUCACUCUCCCUGAAUAUAUUCCCACCCGACUCAUGCAAUUCUUCGACAUCCUGGACACUUAUUUCCCGGGACACCGGCUCGUCGCCAGUGAUUUCAGUAGUCUGCCGGAUGCCGUUCCGGGUAUAAAUGCGCCCGUCGUACAGACCCGGUACAAGCGCCGGACUGUGCCGGUGUCUACUCCAUUUGUACACCAGGGAUACUUUGAUAUCUUCUUCCCUACGGACUUCAAUGUCGUCGAGGACCUUUACCGGGCCACUACCGGGAAGUUAACCCAGGUCAUGAGCCAUGAAGAUUUUGUACGCCGCUGGGCAUAUAUCGAAGACACUGAGACGAGAAGCGGUGAGAACCCGCUGUUGACCUGGUACAAAAACGCCAGCAUGUUGAUGACGGUAUAA